AUGAACGUUUUCAACGAAAGACGGGGGCAGAUCGCCCUUUACGCCUCUCCCAUAUCGGAAGAAGGCAUAACAGUAGCAUUACUACUUGAAUAUCUGCGGCAGCCGCACAGCAUACACUUUGUUGAUAGCGCCGAAGCGAUAGAUGAUGCCGUGGCCAGGAAAACUAGCACAUCUUUACCCGCCAUCAUAGACGUAACAGAUACAGGAUUCAAGAAUAUCGUGGAUGGAGACCUCGUUACUAAGUAUCUCCUUGAUCGCUAUGACGAGGAUCGAGAAUUAUCUUACCCAGAUGGGUCAAAGAAGGCCAGAGAGGUUGACGAUUGGAUCUCCUUCUUCAAGAGAACAGUGAACAACUCAUAUACACACGCUACCUCUUCUACUUCUUCUGGAGGAACGCCUGUCGUCAGAGACGUAUUGAGGAUAUACCUGCAUCUCGAGCAGCAGCUUCAAAAGACGGCGGGGCGAUAUGUUACCGGUAACAAAUUGACAAUAGCCGACUUGGUGGCAUUUCCCUUCACUGCGACCGCAGAAUCGUUCGGGCUUGAUCUAGAGCGCUUCCCUGAAGUCGCUGCAUGGUAUAACAGGUUGUUUAGCGAGCGUCCUGUGAGCAGGGUCAUGGCUGCUUUUAAGUUGACUAGUUAA